CUGUUUCUGCAAAUCCUUCACAGAUAAAGCAGCGGACUGCCACGUCCCAGCCAAGCUACUCUCACACCAUGCCAUUUCUUUGAUCAUCACUCACAAGUUAUGCCAAACUAAAAAGAGCUUAAAGUUCAAAAAUGUGACGUCACUUCUGCUCUCAGCCUCCAACCGUGCGGUUAGUCAGAAUGUGAGCGGAUGCAGCGUUUUGAGAGCCGAUUGCUGAGAUUUGUGGCAGCUUCUUUGACCUAAGAACUCAACCUCUCUCUUUAUGGGGUCAUAUGGAUCGAUCGCUGUUCCUCCAAGGAUCUGUUUGUUUUAAACUUCGGGACGACUAACUGGAGCCACAUGAAGAAUAAAGGGACUAAGCAGAAGUCCAAAAAGAAAGGAAAUGAAAAUGUGUUCGGCUGUGACCUGAUAGAACAUCUCCAGAACUCCGGGCAGGAUGUUCCUCAGGUUCUGAAGAAAUGUGCAGAGUUCAUCGAGGAACAUGGGAUUGUGGACGGGAUCUACAGACUGUCAGGGGUCACCUCGAAUAUCCAGCGCCUCAGGCAGGAAUUCUGUUGCGAGGCGUGCCCUGACCUUACAGAGGAAGUGUACCUCCAGGACAUCCACUGUGUGGGUUCCUUAUGUAAGCUGUUCUUCAGGGAGCUACCCAAUCCUCUGCUCACAUACGAGCUAUACAGCAAAUUCACUAAAACAGUCCUGGUUCAGGGGGACCAUGAGAGACUUUUACACAUUCAGGGGGUCAUCAAAGAACUGCCGACCCCUCACUUCAGGACUCUGGAAUACCUUACCAAACACCUGGCCCACAUUGCCACCUUAAGCACAAAGACAAACAUGCACACUCGUAACCUGGCGCUGGUGUGGGCUCCAAAUCUAUUGAGGUCUAAAGACAUUGAGGCGUCCGGUAGUAAUGGAGACAUGGCCUUCCAGGAGGUGCGGAUACAACAGUCAGUGGUUGAGUUUAUUCUAAACCACAGAGAGGAGAUCUUCAAUGGUUCGGCGCAAAUAAAACCCAAAGAAGGACCGAGUUUGAAGUGUGAGGAGAAGUACGCUACCCUCCCAAUCAGCGGCCAGUGUGGGCCGAUGAAGCUGAUGAGCCUGGAAGAAGCCCAGGCCCGCUCUUUAGGUCCAAACCACCCGGUGCACAGAGAACGCCAGCGAGAAAACAGCCUGCCUGACACCAGCACGGCCACGCUCUACCACACCGUCAUAGACAUAUCAGACAGCAAGAGAAAGUUUUCUGGGAAAUCAAAGAAAUGGAAGUCCAUCUUUAACUUGGGGCGGUCUGUGGACUCGAAGGGUAAACUGAGCCGGAAUGGCAGCGUGUUCAUAAGAGCACAAGGGACAGAAAAGGCAGCUCUUCGUCCAUCCAGGAGCAUGGAGUCCUUAUGCUCCUUACCAACAGAUGAUGACAGGACAGGAAACAGCAGCCCAGCGGGUGGAUCUGGAAGUCUUUUUGGUCAAGAUGUGAAAUCCAGAACGCUGGGAUCUGACUUGCUGUAUGACCUGAGCGAACAUGACCAGAGUUGGGAGUAUAAAGGGACCAAAGCCGACGAGGCAACAGGCGGCUGGAGCUCAAAAAUUAACCAACAGGGGUCAACUGGUGCCUCUGCUCCCCCCCAAAAAACACUGCCAGAGCAACUGAAGGUUUACAAAGGGGAUGAAGUCAGUGGCUACAAGCCCACCUCGCCGAAAAGCAGGCGGAUGUUGUACUCGGGCUCCUCCCAAAGCAGCUCCUCUCGGCCCUCCUUCCCAGGAAGCUUCUUCCCGCUGGAGUCUUCGCCAAGGCAUCAGCGCAGGGCCGUCAACAUAUCUGAGCCUUUUGCUGUGUCUGUACCUCUGCGGGUGUCAGCCGUUAUCAGCUCCAACAGCACGCCGUGCAGGGGCCACGCCAAGGACAAAGCAGCUACUCUGAAACCCUUCAGGGAGAGCUCCGAGCAGAGCAGCAACAGUGGAAAGAGCAACACGUUCCCCCUACUGGAUCCAAGAAAGCAGGAAGGAACCGAGCGGAAAAAGAAAGAGGAACCGAUACACAGAGUCCCGCCAAAGCAUGCAGGCAAAGACGUGGUUAAGGAAGGUCAAAGAGGGAUGAAUACUUCUGAACUGGAACCAGCCUCCCCUGCAAAUGCAAGGGACGGCAAAGACACAGCGCCAUCUCCUGGGAAAGAGGCGCACAACCAGCAGACAGCCAUGCAACUGGAUAAAGGAUCUUCUACUGGGAAACAGCCGUGGACUGACCUCCAACAGGAACUGAAGAUAACUGAACCUGAGAUCGACCUGCUGGAUGAGACUUUUAACCCCGUUUUCGGCUCCAAGGGCAGGUUUGAGGGCACAAGGUUAACAAUGGACGUUAAGUCAAAGCGAAGCCGCAGCUCUCCGUCUCUGUCUUUGUUAUUCAGGGAGCAGUCUUCAAAUACCUCUUUGAGUGACCGUGUAAUCGCCACUGGAGACUCUGCACAGAAACAGCCCUCAGGGUCAGACAUUUCACUUCACAAAAACACCGAAAUCACCCCUCCUGCUGACAGCUUGGAUGAGAAAAAGAAGAAGCUGCAUCUGAAAAUCACACCCUUACACAAAGAUGAAACCAAUCAGGGUCAACUUACUUUAAAGGAAACGGAUAAAGUUGUGAAUCCUCUGACGAUAGAGGAUACUCCAGAGGUUGUAGGCAUCUUAGGAGCAGAUGAUGCCAACAAGAAAUCAGAGGAAAGUGAAGUUCCUCAAGGAGACAAAAACAUCCCCUGUGAUGGAGCAAUGAAGAAUGUGAUUCCAGAAGUUAUCCAAAGGCUGUCGGUGUGUUUGGAGGAGAAACGUAACACAUUGGAGCUGCCAAACCUCGGCGAAAGAAGUGGGAGAAACUCAGAGGAGCUGGACUUGGUGGAGCCUUGGGAGGAUUUUAGCUCCAACGAGUUAUGGGUUACCAGUCCUCUCCACUCACCGGACGUGGAGGAGUUUCUUAACCGACUAUCGCCCUUCAGCUCUCUGGGGGAAACUCACAUUUCAUCGGCUUCAGUUGAUAAUAUCAAACAGUCUCUCAUUAAAAGCACAGAGCACCCCUCAGGAAGCACUCCUCUGACUACCAGUAGCAAACCAGAGACUAAAUGGACGUGUUUGCCACCGGGGGUCAGUGUGAACGGCAGUAACAUAGCACAACCUCACACAGGAAAAGCAAAACAGAAGAACACAGUGUCAUCUCAGAGGUUUUACAGACAGAUGUCUUAUGAGGCGGAGAAGAGAGAAGAAAACAGCUACUCUAAACACCGACCAUAUUCACUAAAUUUGGACCUCGGAAAUCGAUGCAUCAGAGACAUUUCUAAUCAGCAGAACCGUGAUUCAACAGAGUUCUCCUCGUGUCAGAAAGGACUGCUGACCUCCUCUGAAUCUGUAGCCAGCAGGUUGCCCUCAGACCUGGAGUUGUUUCUGAGUGAUCGCCAGGCGCCUCUACGCAGAAAUUCAGCCCCGGUGAGCGUGUCAUCGGUGCGAACAGCCUUCAUGAUCAAAACAUGCCAGGCCAAAGCCGUGCCCGUCGUCCCUCCAAAGGUGCAGUACAGUCAGAUACCUCCCUCCAGACACGAGAAGGACUUUGACGAAGCUAAGGAAAAAGAAAAGGAACAUCCUAAGACGAUGGCAGAGAAAAGCAAUGCUCCGGUGAUGUCCGAUCUCAAGGAGGAGCUGGAGAAUAAAGAGCCUGAACCCAAACACCAAAAACUCCCACUUGUUGCUGAGUCUGUGAAGACCACAUCUACUCCAGAGCUGCCAGUCAUCAGGAGGAGACACCCGCCCAGUUUGGAAGUGUUUGUGGACUGUCCCAGACCUAACAGAGGGAACAUCUUACAGAGACCGUCCUUUAGGAACAGGCAGAGACCUCAGAGCCUCAUCCUGCUCAGCCCUCCUUUUCCCAUCAUGGACUAUCCUCCCUCAGGAGACGACAGCAGGCUCCUUUCUUCCAUCAAGAGCCUGGAUGAAACGUCCGCGGUGAAUGUCUUUACUAAAGAGAUGGCGGAGGGGGUCGCCCUUCAAAACAAAAUGACUAUUCCAAAAAGUGGACAGAGACUGGAAACGUCAACCAGCUGCUUCUACCAGCCGCAGAGGAGGUCCAUGAUAUUUGACAGCAGGAGCCACAGACAGAUUGAGUGACUGGAGGUGAAGGCACUGACUGUGAGACUGGCUGUGUGUAAAUACAUAAAGUAUAUAGGAGGACACUCAGGAGGAUGAUACGGUUACCUAUUGUUAAUCUAGGCAUUUUGUUUGCUAUGAAUCAGGCGUUGCUUGGGGGCUUUGUGAAAAAUCUGAUUCUGAAGCAUUUGAGUGAAUGAAGCCGUGAUGUGUGUGAAAGCUUGACUGGAUCUAGGGAUGCAAUUAUUUGUUUGAAAUCUACUACUACUAUGCAUAUUAGUCAAUGAAUCGCCGGGUCUGAAAAAAUAUCAGACAAUGCCAAAAAAAGGGAAGUUUCCUAGUGCCCACGGUAUUCAGAUUAUAGAUAAACUCAUAAGACUUAAGGUUGCUAGCCAUUUCAAAUGUUACUUUUUAGGCUCCCCCCCCCCGAUGCUACACCCUUCCACAGAGUUCCUAGAAUAGCUUGAACUUAAUCCUGCUGAUGAAAACAUAACCUCCCUAUUGGCGAGGGCAACAAACACAACCUAUGUGUGUCUAUGAUAUAUGUCUAAACUGAAUUCAUCCUCAGACAUUGAGGGCUCUGAAUACAGGAAGUGUGCAGAAAAAGGUUAACAGCUAUUUAGAUGAAGAUGUGUUUAUUUAUUCCUUUAUAAACAUACACACGAUAUAAAGUAAACUUGAUAUCUUUAUACUGUAUGUAUUGACUCCGCAGUAAGCUGAGGUCAAUGUGAUUUACAAAAAAACCCCAUAUAUUUAAAAGGACUUCUCUAAAUAUAUAUCGCAAACUGAAUUUAGAUAUUUACCCACGGAAGAGUUUUAAUUCAUGUGUAUCUUUAUUUUCUGUAAUUGCUUUGUGGACAUUUUUGUCGUUGUUGGUUUUUGACAACAAUGACAAGCAGCAUUGUAGUAAAGACUUUGUGAUGAUGCUGCUGUGCUGACAUUAAACUGGAUUUUACUUUGUGCACGCUGACUGUAUUUCAUGUGUUUGAGUCAAAGUCAGACGACGGUUUCUCCAGUUUCAUGCCUCUUUUCUUUGAAUUCAAAAAACACGGGAUUUGUUGUUUUUUAGUUUCGGGGCCCAUGACCAUAACAUAGUUUGAAUGUUAAAGGAGGCUACAGUGUAUUGUCUAAAGAUGUGGAUGUAAAUGAGGACACAGUGUUAUUAUAUUUUAGUUUGGAUGGACUGGAUGAAUGAUUACAGCGUUUUAUAAUUAUUCUUUUUUUUAAAGUUGAAGAAAUGAGCAGUUGUUGUUAUUUUUCUUUGUAACUUUUGUACACUUGUUGAUACUGAAAAUGAUGGACUGAAGCGUCUGUAUUCAUAGGAAAAACAACUGAACUGAGAAUUGUGAGGGUUUGCCGUAAUUAUCUGAUGACGGCCUUUGAAGUGAUGUACAUAUAGGACACUUAAUGAAUUUUGUUACAACCAAAAGUUAUGAGAAUAAAAUGUUCUGAAAUCA